AUGGCAUCCCAAGGUGACGCUGCGAUACAUCGCAUGGGCCAAAAGCUAAUGGGUGAUGCUGAACACGCUGGAUACACGAUUACAUGGCGAAACAUUGCAUUGGACAUCGACAUUGGUAGCAUGUUCACUCAAAAGAGAACCAUUCGAACACUCAAGGGCUCAACCGGUUACAUGAAGCCAGGAGAGUCUCUUGCUGUCAUUGGACCAUCUGGUGCCGGAAAGACCACAUUGAUGGAUAUUCUUGCCAGUCAAAAGACAUUGGGCCGCAUUUCUGGUGAACUCCUAGUAAACGGAGCACCACCAGAUGCCUUCUUCAAGAAACGUGCUGGUUACAUUUUCGUCAACAUGGCCCACAUUCCAACUAUGACUGUCAGGGAAACAAUCAUGUUCGCCGCUGAAUGUCGAAUGCCUCGUGGUUCUACUCACGCUCAGAUUGUCGCUCGUGUCGAUGAUGUCUUGGAAUCUCUAAGAAUGACAAGUGCUCAACAUACACCAGUCGGUGAUGAAUUGAUUCGAGGUGUUUCCUCCGGUGAAAAGAAGCGUACUGAAGUCGGUAUUGAAAUGGUUGCCAAACCAAAGGUGCUCUUCUUCGACGAGCCAACAUCUGGUCUUGAUGACUUUGGUGCUCGUUUCACUAUGGAACUUGUGCUGAGUUACGUCCGAUCCGAAAACGUCUCUGUCGCAGUCGUCAUUCACCAACCUGCUGAGGCUGUCUUCAAGCUAUUUGACAAUGUCAUCCUAAUUGGUGGUGGUGGUCGAAUCUGCUACUUUGGUGCUACCGCUCAGUGCGAGCAAUACUUCUCGGAAUACGGCUUCCCAUGCCCUCCUCUAAUGAACCCUAUUGAACACUACGUCGAUGUUAUCUCGGCCGAUACCGUUGGUGCUUCUGAAUACUAUGAAAAAUCUGCUCUCUUCGCUGCCAAUGAUGCAGAGGAACGACGACUGGCUCAAGCUCAUUACAGCGCUGUCUCCCACUCUACUCAUAUUGUGGAACGUAAUUCUUGGGACCAGUUCAAGCUAUUGACUGCACGUGUGUUGUUGAGAUACCAAAGAAAUCCUUCAACUUCAUGGGGUCGUUUUGCCCUCUUCAUGUGCUUUGCUCUCUUCUUCGGUGGUAUCUUCUUCCAAAUCCCUCAUGCUGCAUCUUACCUUGGUACCAUUAAUCACGGUGUCGGAACAUUCGGUUUCUUGUCUAUCUUCGUCGCCAUCGCUUCUGUACCUCAGUUCAUGGAGGAUCGUGAAUUGUAUAUUCAAGAAUUCAGCGCUGCCUUCUACACUCUACCUCCAUACUACCUCACAUACUUCGUUGUGGAGGGUGUGUUUACCACCGUCAUUACGACUAUCUUGCUCACUACCGUAUACUUCAUGGAAGGCAUGCCUGCCAACAAGUUUGGACUUACAUAUGCUAUGAUGUUUGUUCAAAUGUGGGUCUCAACAGCUGUCGCUCAAGGCUGGUCUGCAUGGUGCAAGACUUUAAUUCAAGCCUACACUGUACUCUGGGCUGCUGGUUUGAUCUUCUUCGCUUUCUCUGGCGCUGUCGCUCCCUUCGGAUCCUUCAGUCAAGGACUUUUGUGGCUUACUGACGUCAACUAUUGGAGAUGGACCUACCAAUAUGUGCUCUACACGAUUACGUACGACUUGGAAGUCGACUGUGACCAAGCCUUCCCAUUCGGCUCGAUCAUCCCUAUCUAUGCUGGUAUUUACAAGGGUGCUGAUGCUGGUGGACUAGUUGCCAACGGCUCCGAUACCGUCGCAGUGACCGCAGUCUCCGGAUACCUGAACGAGAUUGCUGCCUUCAACCAGAUCUUAGCCACAAACCCUCCUGCUGACGUUACCGCUGAGCUAAAUGGUGCAAUCGCUUCUCUGCAAACCCAACUGUCAACAUCCGCUAAAGGUGGUGCUGCCAUUCUCACCAACGCUACCCUCAUGUCUGCCCUCACAACCAGCAACACCAACUAUGGUGCCACCAACAACGUUGUUGCUGCGUCAACCGCAAAUGCCACCAAAGCCUUGUUCCCAGCUGAAGAAAACAUUUGUGUAUACAACCCACAAUCCUUCUUGGCUGCCUUCAACAGUAUAGGCAAAGAUUGCAUCGCUUGUGGUAACAUCGCAUAUGUCGUCAACGUGUCACUCUUGAUCUUCUUCGUCAUUUUCACGCUCGUGACGCUUCUCACGUUAAUUAGUACACUGGUCUGUGGUUCUCCCGUGGCUACAGAAAACGAUAAGCCGCCAGUACUACUAGUCUUACGACUUCAGUUUUAA